GCUUGACGCCUUGUGAGCAUUAAUUUUGUGUCAAUGUCAUUAAGACGUCAAAGUCGCAUGUGGAAACGAGUCGGAAACACACGUGAAUUUAUUUGAAAAUAUAAAUAUUUCAUUUGUUGAGUAAGCUAAGCUUAAAUAAUCUAAUUUUUAUACAUUUAGAAGUAUGGUCGUAGCUGAAACAAUGAAUAAACCCGUGCUUAAAGUAUCAAUGGAUUCAGAAUCAGACUCAUCCAGUGCUGAUGAAUCAGAACCUUCAGAAAAUAAUGAAAUGGAAGAUUUGAAUGAAGAAGGUGAAGAUGGAAUCGAGGCGGAUAGUGAAAGUGAGGCGUCUGAUGAUGAGAAUGCUGAGGCGUCUGAUGCAAAAAGUGAAGAUGCAGGAAGUUCACAAGACGCAUCAGAUGAAGACGAAGAUGACAAAGGCCCUCUAGUAACAAAUGAAGGGUGGGCAGACUCAGUAGCAAAGAUCUUAGGAUCAACAAAGCCCAAAAACAAGAAAACUUUAGUACUAUCAAGAGCUAAAAAGCAUUCUGAAAUAGUAAAAGCAGUGAAGGAAGAGAAACCUGCCUUUGAAGUUAUAGGGGAUGAAACUGAAGAUAAAAAACCAGUUGAACUGAAAAAAGAAGCUGAGGUAUCAGAACCUCCUGCAAAGAAAGUGAAACAUGAAAAGCCAUCAAUACGAGUAAAACCAAAUAUUUUAGAAAAGGAUAGAGAAAGAAUAUUAACAAAAAUAGCUACAAAAGGUGUAGUACAACUGUUCAAUGCUGUUAGAAAUCAACAAAAAACCAUAGAAAAGGAAAUGGACAGAAAUGAUUUGUCUGAAGGUAAAAAAGAGAAAAUAUUGAAGAAGUUUGAUAAGCGAGCCUUUUUGGACACACUUAUGGGACAGAGUAAAUCAGUUAUUGUUGAUGAAGAAGCCAAGGUUGCUAAAAGUGAAGUGAAAGAUGAGGAUAAACCUAGAUGGAGUGCUCUGAGAGAUGACUUCAUGAUGGGUGCUAAAAUGAAAGAUUGGGACAAAGAGUCAGUUGAUGAAUAAAAAUAAAUUGUUUUUAAUUUUAAGACUGUUUUAAUAAAUAAUAAUUGUAAAUAUCAA